CAAUCGCCAGCGCAGGCAGCCCCGGCCGGCACCUGUGCCCUCCCUGGGGGGGGGGGCGGCUGGAGCGCGGUGACUCACCUGGCCAGGCCGGCGGGCGACACGACGCGCCGCGCAGGUUGGCAGCCGCCCAAAGACACGCAGCGCUCCGGCUCUGGGCGGGCAGGUAGGCAGGGGGUGGGGGCAGCGGGGCAGAGCCUCUUCCCCCCCUCCCUCGCGGCGCCAGGAGCGCUCCCGCACACCUGCGCCGGCCGCCACCUGCCCGGAGGAGCUGCCCGUCUCUCCUGGCGACUCUCUUGUUGCAUCUCGCCCACAAGGAGCACUUGAAGCCGGACUCCAUCCGGAUUGAAUCCGGAUUGGGCUGAGCCCCUCGCCCCCUCCCCCCCCCCCGACAAACCUCCCGGGAGUUUGUGAGCGCCUCUUGGAGCAUCGCCUCGCCCGGGGCGCCGCCCCCCCCCCCUUCGCUCUCUUUGCCGGUCCGGGCAGCCUUUGGGUUGGGGGUCAGCCGGAGCGCCCCCCCCCCCGAGCCACGCCAUGUCCACCCGGGAAAGCGUGCAGAUCCCGGACGACCGCGAUUUCGGCCACUUCCGAACGGAGUGCGACUCCGAAGCCGGCUGGACGUUGACCUACAACAAGUCCGGCAUUGGGGUCUGGGUUCAAAUCCUGGAGGCGGAGAAGGCGCUGCACAAAAUCAAGUGCAGGAUGGAGUGCAAAGAUGUGGCGGCUGAGACCCUCUACGACGUUCUCCACGACAUCGAAUACAGGAAAAAGUGGGACACCAACGUGAUCGAGACCUUCGACAUCGGCAAGCUGACGGUCAAUGCAGACGUGGGGUACUACUCCUGGAAAUGUCCAAAGCCGCUGAAGAACCGGGACGUCAUCACGCUGCGCUCCUGGCUGCCCAUGGGCAGUGACUAUAUCAUUAUGAACUACUCCGUCAAGCACCCGAAAUACCCUCCCCGGAAAGAUAUGGUGAGAGCCGUCUCCAUUCAGACGGGCUACCUCGUCCAAGGGAAAGGGCCCAGGAACUGCAGCAUCACCUACCUGGCCCAGGUAGACCCCAAAGGUUCUUUACCCAAGUGGGUUGUGAAUAAAUCCUCACAGUUCCUGGCUCCGAAGGCCAUGAAGAAGAUGUACAAGGCUUGCCUCAAGUAUCCGGACUGGAAAAAGAAGCACAACCCCCACUUCAAGCCCUGGAUCUACCCGGAGCAGAGCACCCUGCCCACCGUGGCCCUGGCGGAGCUGUCUAUCCAGCACGCGGACUCCCUCGAGAACAUCGACGAGAGCAGCUUAUCCGAGACCAAAGACGACCGGGCGGAAGGCAGCGACGAGGACAGCGUCAACUGAGGGGCGGGGGGGCUCCGACCCCUCCCCGGCCCCUCCCCCCUUGGCCUUCUUUUUGUCUGUGUAACCCAUGCCGUUUGUGUUCGGGAUAAGAAAUACCGCGUACGCACCCCAAAACGUCCCUCCGACACACCGUCACAGAGCGAGCAAAUAGGGGCUGCCAACCGAGGGCUGGGAAAUUCCUGCAGGUUUGGGGGGUGGGGUCUCGGGGGGUGGGGUUUGGGAAGGGGAGGGGCCCCCAGCAGCCCUAAGUCCAUCCCCCCCCUGCAGCCCUUUCUCCAGGGAACUGACCUCUCUAGUCUGAGGUCAGUGGUAAUCCUGGAGGACCAGAGCAGACAAGGUUGAGGCUGCCCCUCCGGUGGGGGAAAAUUAGUCAAGGAGAUGUCUGUUUUUCUUGGGGAAUGGGAGAUCUCCUUUGGGCACACCACGCUGCCCUCAUGCCCGAACACAAUUCCAGGGGGGACGUGUGCCCCUUUCCUCCCCGAGCCAAGCUCUCUUUCCCGCUUUUCUUUCAGCCGGUGACUUCUUCCUUUCAAAAGAAGGAAUAUAACUUAUUAUCUGGUUUACCGGGACUCUAGAACUGGGGAGGGCCCCGCUUCUUGUUUUGGUUCAUCUUUGACCCAUGAAAUGUUCUGGGGGGGGGGGGGGGGCCGGCCAAGGAGGGGAUUUUAUUUUCUGUCAUGAUUUUCGGUGCCCCCCAAACGGCAAAAACUCUGCCGGCUCCUUGUCUCGGAGAAGGGGGUUGACUUCUCAAAACUUUCUUGGCAAAGGGGCGACCCACACGUGCGGGAUUGCCCUGCUCUUUGCUUAUGGGGACGUAGAGGGGUCCUGAAAUAAACAAACAGAAUACGCAUUCCUGAAUAAGCUGAGAAAAAAUCCUCGGGGGAUUAUUCUCAGGUGGCCGACCAGACCAGCCUGUGACUGGCCCUUGACGGGCAGGCUGACCAAACCAUUCCAAGAAAGGGGUGGGGGGGGGCAGCAAGACCUUUUCCCCAACUUUUGCAUGCAGUGAGAGAAGAGGCAACCCCCCCCCCUUCCAAUUCCUUCUUGAUUGUGCAGUGCAGUGAUCCAUCCCGAAGAGCAGCCGAUCCUAAAGCCCAGCGGAUCGCAGGGAGACGCCAAUUGUGGCCUGCCUUCCGCGCAGUCUCGCCCGAGAAAAGUGGCGGAAAAAUCAGGCGCUGUUCCUGAAUCCUGUUGCCUUACAAAAAGCCCCGCUGCUCAUAUUUGUUUCUGCCAGGAACGCUGGCAUCUUCUUGCCCUUGAGGCUAAAUUUCACAAGGGGCACCGAGGAGGUUGGGCCGAACAGCAGAACAAACUCUGCACGUGCGCAGAGUCGAGACCCUCCCCCCUCCCCCGAAGUAUCACAUAGGGGAUUUUGUGGAAGCCGCUUCCAAGGUGGUUUCAGGUGCCUUCUCCUCCCUCUUCUCCGCCCCCUCACCUGCCCUGCCCUCAAGCGAUGAAUACUUGCAAAUGGACUCCUUGCCUUCAAAGUGGCCAAGUGACGGGAGCUGUCUGGUUCCGAGCCGGCAGAAUCUCCGCCCUGAAAGACGAGUUCCUCUCUUCACUCUCUCCACCUGCCCAGGUAACAAAAUACACUCCCUGGCCACCUCCCCCCCACCCCCCCCGGUCCAAGAAAGGGGCCAGUUGGCUCCCUCCACUGCCAGGCGCUUUGCAAUGGAGCCAAAAAUGACCUUCUCGCUGGGGAAGGGACAUUGGAGCCAUGUAAAGUGACCUUCCUACACCCCUUUUGAGACACUUGAAUUCCCCCAAGGUGGCCGAAGCAUCCGGGGGACCCUUCUGGACAUUUGUACGCGUUUGUGUGGUUCCGUGGCUGCCGCUGUCCCUCUUUUCUGCAUUAGCCUGUAAAACACUCAUGAUCGGAGAUGCCUUUUCGGGGGUGGGAACAGUUUUGAUUAGUGGGGAGGGGUUUUUUUUGGUGCCCCAAGGCAUUGGGGAGUUUUUUCCGCAAUAUAGGCUAGGAUCCAAGAAUCUCCGGGGGUCUGCCCCCCGCUGGGGCCGGCCUUCAGUCUGGAGUCUGGUGACUGUUUCAUUCAGGGGUUUCUCUGAACGCCCCUUUUUUUGCAUUUCAAGAGAAACGAAAACAAACAAAAAAAGAGAGAUGAGGUUUCAUAUCUUGUUAUUGGAGAAGUUUAUUGGAGAAAAAAAACAAUAAAAGGAAUAAUUCCGUCA